CCUCGAGCGAGCCGCGAGCGAGGCAAGGAACGGCGCCCAGCGCGGAGGAGUGCCGGCCGUCGAGCUGCUUACCUCAAGGGGUGCGAAAAAGCGGGCAAGCUGCGCCGGAAGGGGGUAGCCCGGGCUUCUCGCGAAGGCCUCAAGAUUUCGGACGCGACGGCGGCCCUGGACCUACGCGCCCAGACACAAGCCCAAUCGGAAUUUGGCUUGGACCACCAGCAGCAGCAGCAACAGCAUCACCACCAGCAUCAGCAGCAACAACAGCACCAUCACCAUCAGCAGACACAACAACAGCCGCAGUCGCAGCAACAGCAGCCGCAGCAACAUCCGCAGCAGCAGCAACAACAGCCGCCACCACCACAGCAGCAGCAGCAACAACAGCAGCAGCAGCAGCAACAACAACAGCAGCAACAAACUCAAAACCAAGACAACCGUCCCCAUCAUCCUCUCCUUCAACAGCAGCCGCAACAACAUCACCACCACCACCACCAUCAUCAUCAUCAACACCACCCGGGGAAUCAUCUCCACCCUGGCGAUUCGGGGGGUGGGAUAGGUGGUGCUGGCGGAGGAGGAGGAGGAGGGGGAGGCGGAAGUGUUGGCGGUGGAGGCGGAGGAAACGCUGGAGGUGGAGGCGACGCUGGAGGAGGCGUCGGCGGAGGUGGUGGUGUUGCUGGUGUUGCUGGAGGACUACCGACAUCGACCGAGCAAGAUAGAGCCGCGAGGUUACAGGACGAAGAAGACGAGGAUAUUACAGAAAGAGAGGACGAGGAGGAGGACGAGGACCCUUGCAGUUCGCCAGAACCCGAUCUCGAGAACGACCACGAAUCCAUGGAAGUCCAAGCCUCGGCCGUCACAGCGGCGGCCGCCAACUUGCACGCUCUGCGACAGCACGUCUUCAAGAUGUCUGAUUAUUGGCAGCAGCCGCAACGAGGCCCGCCUCAGCAUUCACCGGGGAUACAGCAUAGCCCAAUAUCAAACUCAACGCAACAGCAACAGCAUCAGCAGGUUUCGCAGAUGCACAGUCCCCUUGGCCAACAACAGCAGCAACAACAACAGCAGCAAGCGGCGGUGUCGCAGGUGCAACAAAAUGCCAACUCUGGCCUAGGACAAACGACGAGUCCGCAACAACAAUUGCAGCAACAGCAGCAACAGCAACAGCAACAACAUGCGAUGUCGAUGAAUCAGCAGGCCGCUCAGAGUGCGCAACAUCAAUCUUCCCCUGCACCCACGACACCGUCACCCCAUGCGGAUCACCAAGGUGCCAUCGCCUCGAGCAUGGCCCAAAGUCUCCAUACGUUGGCAGCACAGGCCCAACAGAGCAUGUCUCAAACGUCAAGCCCAUCGCUGGGCGUUCAAGCUGCUCAAGCUCUAAGCCAAAACCUAGGGCAAGCAUUGACGCAGGCCCUCACUCAAAACAUGCAACAAAACCUUGGUCAAACGUUGCAGCACAAUCUGGCGCAAAGUUUGACGCCCAAUCUGUCGCCUCAACAACAACAGCUGCUGAACCAACCGCAGAACCUAAGUCAAACCAAUCAAAGCUUGCAGAAUAUUCAAAGUCAGGCGCAAAAUCUUUCGCAGACGUUACAACAGCAGGCGCAAAAUUUAACGCAAAACCUCAGCCUGAGUCAACAACAGGCAUUGCAGCAGCAGGCACAGAAUCUAACGCAAAAUCUUCAGCAACAGGCGCAAAACUUGACGCAAAAUUUGCAACAGCAGGCACUUAAUAUGGCCGGUACGAUCGGGCAAAACGGUGCGUUAACCGGUAUGAACAUGUCGGGCAGUCAACAACAAAAUUCUCAGAAUUCGAUGCUUAGUCCUGGCGCGACCAGCCAAGACUCCCACGACGCUACGCUCACGGAGAAGCUCGUCAACGAGUUACAGUCUCGUGCCUCUGCGGCGGGGCUUGGUGGUGCGGGAGGUGCUGGCGGAGGCGGAGGAAUGGGCAACAUCAGCGAACGCACCCUCGAGGAAUGCUGGUCCACCCUGCAGCGAAUCUUCAUGCACAAGAGCGCGAUGCAGAUGCACGCGAGGGAGCUGGGUGCUGGCGCACUGACGGCAAGACCCGGGGGUGGCGUCGCAGGAGGCCUCGCGGGUCUCAGCGUCGGUGUUGGCGUUGGCGUCGGACCCGGGGGCAUGAUCACCGGUAACGAGGUCAAACCACACCAGUGCCAGCAAUGUCUCAAGUCCUUCUCGAGCAAUCAUCAGCUCGUGCAGCAUAUCAGGGUUCAUACCGGCGAGAAGCCCUAUAAGUGCAGCUACUGUGACCGCAGGUUUAAACAGCUUAGCCAUGUGCAACAACAUACCAGGCUACACACGGGUGAACGACCGUACAAGUGCCAUUUACCGGACUGCGGACGGGCUUUCAUCCAACUAUCGAACCUUCAGCAACAUCUUCGGAAUCACGAUGCCCAGGUGGAAAGGGCGAAGAACCGGCCGUUCCACUGCAACAUCUGCGGGAAGGGCUUCGCCACGGAGUCCAGCCUCCGUACCCAUACGUCGAAGGUCAGUCAUGAGUUGCAACAGCGUGUUGUGUUCCAGCAACACGCCGCCCUGAUCGGCGGCCCGAACGCAACCAGCUGUCCUGUCUGCCACAAACUCUUCCUCGGUGGCGAAGCUCUGAUGGAGCACAUGAAGCACACCCACAAGGAUCCAAAUGCCUCCGGCGUUGCCAAUGAUGGUGAUGAUGAUGAUGAUGAUGCUUUCGUUCCUUGGGACGCUUUAUCCUGCUUGGCAUUGACCUUGAAAUUGUCUCGCCCUAUUGUUCCCUCCGCUGACUGCACAACCUCCGUUGCCGGGGUUUACCUAGCGAAGCGACGGACGGCCAACCACCCGUGCCCGGUGUGCGGAAAACACUACGUCAACGAGGGUAGCCUUAGGAAGCAUCUAGCCUGCCAUCCUGAGACCAGUCAACUUAGCACGAGCCUCAGAAUGUGGCCGUGCUCGGUGUGUCAAGCGGUCUUCACUCACGAGAGCGGUUUGUUGAGUCAUAUGGAACACAUGAGGAUGGAUCCGAAACAUCAGUUCGCGGCGCAAUACGUGUUGAGUCGCGCGGCGGCCGAUAGGAGAGAAAGGGAAAUUCUCGCGAGUUCGAGUCUAGGUGCGGGGCUAGGUGUUUUGGGAGGUCAAUCUGGAGGACCACAAAAUUUGCAGCAACCACCGAUGUGCCCAUCGCCGUCGGCCCACUCCGAUAGCAGCAGUGGAAACGGACGGCUAUCGUCGGCCGGAAGUGAACCUGAUUUCUGCGCAGGCACCGGUCUAUUGAACAACAACAACAAUAACAACAACAACAACAUGGCAUCGCCAGGACCCAGCGGUAACAAGCUGAGUGAAAUGUUGAGAGCGGGCAGUCAGCCGGGUUCCGCGCAACAGUAUCACGACGAGAUGCAAUCGCAACAACAACGCAUGGCCGUCAUGGCCGCCGCCGUGUCAGCGGGUCUACAAAACUCGGUGUCGCCGAAUUUGUCGCCCGUAGACAUGGCGUCGUUAGCGGCAGCCAUGAGGAUGGGUAACAACGGAGAUAUGAGCGGCAGUGCUCAAGGAUCGGCUGGAUCUCAACAACAAAGUGUCCAGGCUACUGGGCCCGAACAAGCUCUGAGAAUGCAUCAAGCGGAAGCUUUGUUACGUUCUCAAGCUGAAGCUGCCCUUCGGCUAGCGGUGUCCCAGGCAGCGGCCGCAGCGGCAAGUUCAGCGGUUGGGGGAGAUGUGAGACAUCAUCUAACGCAACACAAUGGUGGCGGAACUUCCGGUAUACCAGGACAUCACGCGAAUCAACAAAUGUCACAACAAGACAGCUUGUCGCCCGAGUUCGGGGAAGCUCUACGCCUACAGGAGCAACGAUUAGAGCAAGCCCUAAGGCUUCACGGUGACCCACGCGCCCUGAGUUUUACCAUCCAGCAGGUAGUCAAUCAACAAAAUAAUCAGCAACCAUGAAAGUUCAGUUACUACUGAGACGAGUGGACCCCUUGGACGCAAGAGCAGACGGCUCUGCAGCAAGUCGAGCGUAUGAACCAACAGCAGCAGCAGCAACAACAACAGCAACAUCAACAACAAGCGCCGGAACGCUUGACACCUUUAAAUAAUCAUCAGCAGCAGAGCUCGUCCGGCAUCGGCCAUCACCAGCAUCAGCAACAUCAUCAAGAGGAUC